AUGACAAACAUUGGCUACGUCCCCCAGUCCUCGGGGGGCACGGGCAUUUGUGUGAUCCUGCUGCUGCUGGACAGGCUGAGGAAGCUGAGGUGGGAGCAGAUGUGGAGGCUGACGGCAGAGCGGGAGCUGAUGAGCAUGCUGUCCACCUCGCUGGCCGACCAGGACAUCUUUAACGCAGUGAUCAAGCAGAACCCCUUCCUGGUGUACCAGCUGCCCUGCUUCUGGAACGUUCAGCUGUCCGACCACACCCGCUCCGAAAAGUGCUACAAGGACGUGUCCGACCUCAAGGUCAUCCACUGGAACUCCCCGAAGAAGCUGCGGGUGAAGAACAAGCACGUGGAGUUUUUCCGGAACCUGUACCUGACCUUCCUGGAGUACGACGGCAACCUGCUGCGCCGCGAACUCUUCGGCUGCCCCAGCGAGACCGACCACAACAGCGAGAACCUGCAGAAGACGCUGUCAGAGCUGGACGAGGACGACCCGUGCUACGAGUUCCGGCGGGAGCGUCUGACGGUGCACCGCACGCACCUCUACUUCCUGCACUACGAGCACGAGCCCGCCGCCGACCGCACCGACGUCACGCUGGUGGCCCAGCUCUCCAUGGACAGGCUCCAGAUGCUGGAGGCCAUCUGUAAGCACUGGGAGGGGCCCGUCAGCCUGGCCCUGUACCUGUCGGACGCCGAGGCGCAGCAGUUCCUGCGCUACGCCCAGGGCUCCGAGGUGCUGAUGGGGCGGGGCAACGUGGGGUACCACAUCGUCUACAAGGAGGGCCAGUUCUACCCCGUCAACCUGCUGCGCAACGUGGCCAUGAAGCAGGUCAACACGCCCUACGUCUUCCUGUCCGACAUCGACUUCCUGCCCAUGUACGGGCUCUACGAGUACCUCAGGAAGUCGGUGGUGCAGCUGGACAUGGCCAACACUAAGAAGGCCCUGGUGGUGCCGGCCUUCGAGACCCUGCGUUACCGCCUGUCCUACCCCAAGUCCAAGGCCGAGCUGCUGUCCCAGCUGGACAUGGGGACGCUCUUCACCUUCAGGUACCACGUGUGGACGAAGGGCCACGCCCCCACCAACUUCGCAAAAUGGCGGACGGCCACCACGCCCUACCGCGUGCAGUGGGAGGCGGACUUCGAGCCCUACGUCAUGGUGCGGCGGGACAGUCCCGAGUACGACCGGCGCUUCGUGGGGUUCGGCUGGAACAAGGUGGCCCACGUGAUGGAGCUGGACGCGCAGGAGUACGAGUUCGUGGUGCUGCCCAACGCCUACAUGAUCCACAUGCCGCACGCGCCCAGCUUCGACAUCACCAAGUUCCGCUCCAACAAGCAGUACCGCGUGUGCCUGAGGACGCUGAAGGAGGAGUUCCAGCAGAACAUGUCCCGCCGCUACGGCUUCGCCGCGCUCAAGUACAUGACCGCCGAGAACAACAGCUAGGCCCCGCCCCGCCCCGCCCCGCCCCGCCCCGCCCCUCC